AUGAGUCAACAAGAACAAUUUCAAUCUGAUAACAGAUCAACCUCAGAAGUAGAAAAAGAAAGUCUUGAUCUUAUUGAAAAAAUCUUAAAAUCUAAUGGUUACAUUGUAAAUGAUAAGGGGUUGAAUAUAGAAUUUGCAGCAUUAAAAGAAAUUAGAAAUUGGGUAGAACAAGAUGAUAAAACUACUCAAUUGAAUUGGGAUAAAGUUGAAAAUUGCUUUGCUAUUAUGUUAAAUGAAUAUUUGGAUAAGACUAAUGAUUUGAAGAGCAAAAUUGGAGACUGCUCAGAUCGUAGAAAAUCAUUGAUUGAGAAAAAUAUUAAUUUAGAAGUAGAAGCUGUUAGACCUAUUUUAUUAAAUACUUAUUUACCUAUAAAAUCAAAUCCUUAUUUAAAAUUUUCACGUUGUUUAUUUAUUGCAUCUAUUGGAAAUCCUGAACCUAAAUAUAAAGGAACAAGACAUAAUGUUGGACAUAGAUUAAUGGAUCAAUUAAUUGAAAUUUAUUGGAAAGAUCAUUUAUAUAAACAAGGGUUUUAUUAUUAUUCAAAAAAAUAUCCAAAUUUAAUAUUAUUUAAAUCUGAUAAUUCAUUUAUGAAUUUACAAGGUAAACCAAUUCAAAAACAUUUUCAACAAUUUCAUAAAACUUCAAAUUUAAUAAUUUUACAUGAUGAAUUAGAACAACCAAUUGGAAAAUAUCAAAUUAGAAAACCAGGUACAAGUUCAAGAGGUCAUAAUGGAUUAAAAUCAAUUGAUGGAUUCUUCAGAAAUAAAUAUACUAAAAUUGGAAUAGGAAUAGAUAAACCAAAAUCAAAAAGUAUUAGUGAUUAUGUUUUAUCAAAAUUUGAUCCCAAACAAUUAGAAGUUAUUGAUUUUGAUGUUUUACCAAAUGUAGUUAAAGAUUUAGAGAAGAUGAUUGAAUUGGAUUUAGCAUCGUUUAAACAAAAUGAAAACGAAGAAAAACCGAAAUCUAAUCAGGAACUGAAUUGA